CCAAAAAUGGAAUCGGUUUUGUUCCUCAGCUUUUGGUGCUGUGUUCUCUGGGAAGUGUAAAGGGUGUGCGAGUCUUUAUGUAGUGACUAAUGUGAUAAAAAGCCUUAUCUUUCCUAUUUAUAGAAUUUCUAUUAGAUAUAGGUUAAUACAUCAUCAUCAUGGGUUACUCCAAGUGCAUACUUUUAACCAUUUUAAGUGUGUCUACAGCCUUGGCUCAAGUUCCACAAAGAUUCACCGCCCAAAACCCAUGCAGCUCGAAAGGUACUUGCCAGGACUGUAUCCAGACUCCUUCUUGUGCUUGGUGCUACGAUCCUGAGUUCAAGGGCACAGCCAGGUGCUUCCAACCGUCCUUCCCAUUGACCGUCAAAGAGGAACAAUGCAAAGAGGAGUACAUCCACAACCCCGACAAUAUCAUGAGCGUCAUCUCGAACGUUAAAUUGACUAGAACCCACUCGAAAGCAAACGAGGGGGGUUUCCAUUGGGGUACCGGAUUCGAGGGUUCCACGAACCAGUCCUCCAAGACGGAGUAUCACGGUUCCUCGACGUACGCUUAUACCGAGGGCGGAGGACAUGGCGGCGGAAUCGUACAAGUUGGUCCGCAGAGGAUCAAUUUAAAGUUGAGAGCAAGUAAGUCUUAUUUAGAGGUGAUUAAUGUGAUUAAUGU